AUGCUGCAUGAAACUUUGCUGCCUUCAGUAUUCAGCAUGUCUUUGGUUCUGCUUUCUGUAAUAUGGCUCAUUGUUCAAACUCAAGCAAUAGCCACAAAGAAAACAACAGAAGUAAAGGUCUAUGAAGUGGUCCGUCUUAAGAAACUACACAUUUUACACAAAAGAGAGACAAAUAACUACCAGGCAGAGAAUCAAGGCAAAGAGGGAAGAUAUGAGCCUGAAGUUCAGUACCAGAUUACAUUAAAUGGCAAAGAAAUAAUUCUUCACUUACAAAAAGCCAAGCAUCUCCUAGGGCCAGACUACACUGAAACAUAUUACUCUCCCAGAGGGGAGAAGAUCAUCACGAGCCCUCAGAACAUGGAAAAUUGUUUCUAUGAAGGAAAUAUCCAAAAUGAAAAGAAUUCUGUUGCCAGCAUUAGUACUUGUGAUGGGUUGAGGGGAUACUUCACAUAUCAGAAUCAGAGGUACAUGAUAAAACCUCUGAAAAGCACAGACCAGGAAGAACAUGCUGUCUUCACAGAUAACCAGGAAGAACUUGACCAAGCUAAUCAUACCUGUGGUGUGAGAAACAUUGGAAGGAAACAAAAGCUGAUCCGAAUCUCUAGGUCACUCAAUAGCUCAGCACAAGAAGACUUUCUUCAGGCUGAGAAGUACAUUAAUCUCUUUUUGGUGCUGGAUAAUGCCUUUUAUAACAUGUAUAAUGGGAAUCUAACAUUAAUAAGAAGAUUUAUAUUUGAUGUGAUGAACCUACUCAAUGUGAUGUACAACACUUUAGACGUUAAAGUGAUCUUGGUAGGUAUGGAAAUCUGGUCUGAUGGUGACAAGAUAAAGGUGGUACCCGAUGCAGGAGUCACCUUUAACAAUUUCCUGAGUUGGCACCGUUCUAACCUGGCAAAAGCGAAGAUACAUGACCAUUCUCAGCUCCUCAGUGGAAUUGGCUUCAGCAAUCGACGCGUAGGAUUGGCAGCCUCAAAUUCCUUGUGUUCUCCAUCUUCAGUGGCUGUUAUUGAGGCUAAAAAAAAGAAUAAUGUAGCUCUUGUUGCAGUGAUGGCACAUGAGUUGGGCCAUGUCCUUGGUAUGCCUGAUAUUCCAUAUUAUACCAAGUGUCCUUCUGGGAGUUGUGUGAUGAAUCAAUAUCUGAGUUCGAAAUUCCCAAAGGAUUUCAGCACAAUUUGCCGCUCACAUUUUCAAAGUUACCUUUUAUCUCAAAAACCUAAGUGCAUCCUGCAAGCACCGACUUCUAAAAAUAUAAUAACAACACCAAUGUGUGGGAAUAAACUUCUGGAAGUUGGAGAAGACUGCGAUUGUGGAUCUCCUAAGGAAUGUACCAAUUCUUGCUGUGAGGCCAUGACCUGCAAGUUGAAAUCCAGAACUGAUUGUGUGGGAGAUGCUGAAAACCAAGUCAUUUGUCACAGAGGUCAGAAGCAUCGCAUCUCAGAAAAUAAUUGUUUAACUCUUUGGUGGCUUAGAAUGAUAGGUGGAUAUAGCUAUGUCUUUGGCCCAAUUACUAGGCAGAAUAGUCAGUUUGGUACUGUGGAAAGAAAACUAGAUUUGGACUCUGGGAACGCCAAUUUUAGCCUUAGUUCUGCCAAUAUGAAUAUUAGUACUCAGAAAGAUGAAACCAGUAUCACACAGCAAAGAAAACGGAUGACUGGAGUUUACCUCAAGUACAGCAUUCCCUUUCCUCUGCAGUAG